AUGCAUAUGAACAAAAUGUUAAACGUUGGAAUAAUUGGUGUGGGCAGAAUUGGACGCUUACAUGCUGAAAAUAUUGCUCGUAAUUUUCAAAAUGUGCGAAUAAAAAGUAUUGCCGAUUCGCAUUUAGAUGACGAAAUGAUUUUCUGGGCAAAGAAUCUGGGCAUUCAAUAUUGCACCAAGUCCAACGGAGAUUUACUAGUUGAUACUGACAUUCAGGCUGUCUUGAUUUGUUCACCAACAAGUACUCACUACGACAUUGCGAUUGAUUGUAUACGCACUAACAAGCAUGUAUUUUGUGAAAAACCGCUGAGCAGCAAUAUUCAAGAAAUUAAGGAUGUGAUCUUGGAACUUGAAAAAAGUACUAAUACAAAGCUUAAGUUUCAAAUUGGAUUUAAUCGUCGCUUUGAUCAUAAUUUUCGAGCAAUAAGAGAAGCCAUCGCAUCGAAACAAAUUGGUCAGCCUCAUAUUUUACGUCUAACAUCGCGUGAUCCAUGUCCACCAUCUGUUGAUUACUUAAAACUAUCUGGUGGACUAUUUUUUGACAUGACUAUUCAUGAUUUUGACAUGGCAAGAUACUUAUUGGAUGAUGAUAUCAUCGAGGUUCAUGCAGAUGGCGGUGUCUUAUUCGACUGGAGACUUCACGAAUUGACAGAUAUUGAUACAGCGGUUAUAACAAUGAGAACGUACAAAGGCGCCUUUGUUAUCAUUGACAAUUCAAGACAAGCUGCUUAUGGAUAUGAUCAACGAGCUGAAGUAUUUGGUACAAAAGGACAAGCAGCAAUUACCAAUGAUACAAGUUCAUCUAUUGUUGUGUCAAAUAAUGAAGGCGUGUAUUCUGAAAAGCCUGUACACUUCUUCUUAGAACGCUAUAAACAAUCAUACAUAACCGAAAUUCAACAAUUUUUCGAUGCUGUACUUAAUGAUAAAACCGUGUCUGUUACUGUUAAUGAUAGUUUGCAAGCAGUUAAAAUUGCAAAAGCAGCUCAACGAUCAUUAAAGGAAAAGCGCCGAGUAAAUCUGAUUGAAAUAUCAGACUAUGAAAAACCAGAAGUUAAGGACGAACGAAUCAUAGAGAAAAAUAUAUAUAACACUUCAGCGCAUGGUUUUACCACCCAUUAUUCUUCGGAAAAUAGAACACAUCAACAUGAAUCACCAUCAUAUAUCUAG